CAAGUUUUUUCUUAAAUAGCAAAUCAAAAAAUAAUUUGCCAUUGAUUUUUGUUUGAACGGUUUGCAUAAAAAUACACUUCUACACUGAAAACAUCAAUUAUCAACGCUGACAUCUAUCGGCGCUUGGAAUGGUAGGCACAUCGCACUAUAGGCUGGCAGCUGGCUAUUGCAAUGAUCCAUUUGUCGUCUCGAACUAGUGCACGAUGUACGCGUACGUUAAAUAAAUAAUUGCACGUCCAUAAACGGGCUGGAAUUGAAAAGUAAAAAUAGUCUGACUCAAGGAUCGGACGCCUUUUAAAUCUUCGAAAAAAGUCCGGUUUAUGGGGAAGGCAUUGAAUUAAAUCUGCUACAUUAUAGGCUAUCCGAGAAGAUGUCAUAGCUCGUCAGUUUUGCAGGACGCGCACCGGUUUUGAAAAUCCUUUUUUUGGUCCGAUUUAUGCUGUCGUAUUUGUCUCAUCCUCCGGGCGAACAUCCAUCGAGAGAUCCGUGAAAAAUGGACAACCCGCCGAGCCUGGAGACGGUCUACCAAGCCGUUUAUACGCUUCACAACAAUCCCAACUCAACGGAAAAAGAGAAGGCAUCCCAAUGGCUUGGAGAACUGCAAAAAUCUGUCUAUGCAUGGAAAAUAUCAGAUGAAAUUCUGCAUAGGAACAAUGAAUUAGAGCUAUGCUACGUUGCUGCCCAAACGAUGAGGACUAAGAUCCAGUUGUGCUUCCAUGAACUCCCACCCCAAUCGCAUGCCUCUCUUCGAAACUCAUUAAUUGAACAUAUUGAGAAAGUGAAUGAUUCGACGAAUUCUGCCAUUGUGACUCAGCUAUGUCUUGCACUGGCAGACUUGGCCCUUCAGAUGAACUCCUGGCAGUCACCGGUAUUGGACCUCAUUGACAAAUUUUCAAGCACGCAUCCUGGACCUUUGCUGGAAAUUUUAACGGUCCUUCCAGAAGAAGUUGGCUCCAGGGCUUUAAGACUUGGUGCUAACCGGAGGGAGGAAAUUCAUGCUGAUUUUGCGUCCUGUACACUAAAAGUCUACGAGUUUCUUAAAUCAUGUUUAGCAACAUCGGGUGACAAUAUCUUGAUUCAAACAAAAACUUUGAAAUGCUAUACUUCAUGGAUAACUGCUAUGCCAUUGAUGUUAGAUAAUGUCGUUGUUGCAACUGCAUUUCACAUUCUUGGGAAUAAUAUGUCUUCUCCUGGUGUUCUUGAAGCUGCCACAGAUUGCAUCUGUGCCUUACUUCAGUAUUUAGAAGAGAAUAACAAUCAACAGACGUUUGAAGUACAGUUGUUUAACAGUGUGAUGGCUUUGGAACAACCAUUUCAUAUGUCAGUUGCACAUGAAAAUCACGAAAACUGUUUAAAUUAUUGCCGUGUCUUUACGGAAUUAGCAGAAUCAUUUUUAGAAAAGAUUGUCCGCUGCAGUUCGCCUUCUUCGCCACAUUAUGCUAUUAAAAUAUUUGAUCUUGUUUUAACUUGCGUAGGCCACUACGAUUAUGAGGUUGUAGCAAUAACAUUUAAUUUGUGGUACAGACUGUCAGAAAUUUUAUACAAGAAGAAUAAUGAUGACCUCUCGAUUCUUUUUAAACCUUAUAUAGAAAGGCUUAUUGAAGCGUUAUGUAGGCACUGCCAAAUAGACACAGAUCAUGAAGGGCUUGUGGAAGAGUUAGACGAUUUUUCCGAUUUUCGGUUGAAAGUUUCCGAACUGAUACGGGAUGUCGUUUUUAUUGUAGGUUCAUCCAACUGUUUUCGACAAAUGUUUAUCAGCCUUCAGUCACCGACAAGUACGUGGGACACUACAGAGGCAGCCCUUUUUAUAAUGCAAGCUUUUGCAAAAAAUAUUUUACCAAUGGAAAAUGAUGUAGUGCCAAAAGUUGUUGAAGCUAUUUUAAAUUUACCUCCAAACACUCAUAUUGCUGUAAGAUAUACCUCACUUUUGUUGUUAGGAGAACUGUGUGAGUGGAUUGAAAAACACCCUCAAUCCUUGGAACCUGUAUUAAAUAUGGCGUUGAUAUCCCUCCAACAACCGGAGCUUGCGAGUGUUGCAGCCAACUGUCUUCAGAGUAUAUGUUCAUCUUGUCGUGAACAUAUGGCUACUCGUUUUACUGGUUUAUUACAAAUAUUACAAUCGCUGGAUAAAUUUGCAAUUUCUAAUGAGGCAGUGGUUGGUUUAUUGAAAGGUGCAGCAACAGUCAUUGAAAAAAUACCCCUAGAUCAGAUGAGGCAUGCUGUAAAGGAAAUUUGUUUGAUUCAAAUUAAACCACUUUGCCAUCUAAUAGAGAAUGAUGUAAAACCUGAGACAGGGACUAAAAGUGACCCCGCAGUCUGGAUGGACAGACUCGCUGCUAUAUUUAAGCAUAUUAAUCCAAAACUUCAAAAUGGUCAGCUCCAUCCUUGCCAGCCAGUUAUCACAGAGAUCUGGCCAGUUUUAUCAUCUGUUUGUACAAAGUAUGCAAGAGAUACUCAUAUCAUUGAAAAGAGUUGUCGAUGUCUACGUUAUAUUUUACGCUGUGUUGGCCGCCAGUCCGCUAACAUUCUUGAGCCACUAGUCAAACAGAUAGUCAACUUGUACUCUCAAUACCAGCAUAGCAGCUUUCUUUACCUCGGUUCUAUCUUAGUUGAUGAAUACGCCAGUGAACCUGGCUAUGUCCAAGGUCUGCUUGACAUGUUGCAGGCUUUCAUUAUUCCCACUUUCACUCUUCUGCAAGAAGUAAAUGGACUCAAAAAUCACCCUGACACGGUUGAUGACUUGUUUAGACUUUGUGGGAGGUUUUUACAAAGAGCCCCUGUGCAUUUUCUGACAUCGCCCUCUCUAAAUUCUAUAUUGCAAUGUGCUCUCCUGGGAAUCGCUCUUGAUCAUAGAGACGCUAAUGCAUCCGUAAUGAAGUUUUUUUAUGAUCUAGUUCAUGCGGGAAGAAAUCAAGAUACUUCAGAGGAUAUGGCUCUGAGGAAAAGACUUGUUAGCACUGUGAUAAACGAAAAGGGUCAAGAUUUAAUAACAAAUUUAUUACAUGCAUCUAUAUUCUAUUUACACACUUAUAUGCUUGAUGAUGUCAUUGAUGUUAUUGUCGAAUUGAUGAAGCUAGACCGUGCGGCUGUCUGUACUUGGUUAGAGCAAGCAAUUAAAGUAAUGCCAACGCAAAAUAGUGGAGGAAAUCUAUCUGCAACACCUGAACAACUUCAGGAAUUUCUCAAAGCAUUAUUAAGGGCUGAAACGAAUAAAGAAAUGACGACAGUUCUCCGAGACUUUGCAAGAUUGUACCGUUGACUAUAGUCGAAUUGCUUAUUUUAAGCAAGUGUAGGUGUCGAUCUUGUGAUAAGCCUUUGUACAAAUUGAAAUUUGUACUAUACGCUGACAGUAGAUUGUUCUAUUUAUUUUUAAACUUGUGAUAAUAUGUAUAUUGAAACCUAUUUUUUUAAUGAAUCGUGUAUGUAAAGAAAUUGUGUAUUAUU